CACUGUCUACUGCUAUCUAUACAAAGCAAUACCUGCAGGUUCAAUUCUUCCCCUUCUUAGCAUGCUCCUCUUCCAAUAAACCAAACCCAGAAAAGAAGAAAUCUCUGAGGUCUCUUGAAAACAGUCUCUCUAUUUUCAAGUAGGGGUAAGGUUUGGGCGCACGCACCCUCCCCCGGACCCUACUUUCGUGGGAUUUUACUGGGUUUGUGGUUGUCGUGAUUUUUUUGGAGGGAAUAAAUGAGUUUUCGGGACGGGCGGUUGUGGAGUGUGAUGAUGGUCGCGGCGUUCUUUGCGGGCUUGGGAGAGGUGGGGAGUUCAAGGAAUGGGGGGGAGGAGUUGUUGAGGAUCACUUGGAACGACUUGAGAGUGAGUGACGGCGCGUUGAAAAAGGAGCUGGAAAAUUUGGGAGGGGAAAAUUGGAGGAGGAUGAGGAGGAAUGGGAGCAGAUUGAUUGUCGUUGAUCAGAAAGGGAAGGGGGAUGUUCGGACGGUCCAAGCCGCGGUUGAUAUGGUGCCUCAACACAACUCCAAGAGAGUUAAGAUUUACAUUGUUCCUGGGAUUUACAGAGAAAAGGUGCAAGUACCUGCAUCAAAGCCGUACAUCUCGAUGAUCGGAGACAAAGAGGAUCCAUCGAGAACGGUGAUAUCGUGGCACGACAAGGCCUCGGACAGAGUGGGGAAUGGGGGCUUUUUGGGGACAUCAAGGACAGCCACCCUCCAGGUGUACGCCGAUUACUUCUGCGCGAGCGGAAUCACUGUUGAGAACACGGUGGUGGCGACCCCGGGGGGCGAAGGAAUGCAGGCUGUCGCCGCGAACAUCAACGGCGACAGGGCUGUGUUCUACAAGUGCAGCUUCUUGGGGUCGCAGGACACCCUUCUGGAUGACGCCGGGAAUCAUUACUUUUACCGGUGUUACAUUCAAGGGAUGGUCGAUUUCAUCUGUGGAAACGCCAGGUCCCUCUAUCAGGAGUGUGUUAUUAAUUCAUUGGGGUCAGGAGCAAUUGCAGCACAGCACAGAAACUCACCUGGUGAAAACACAGGCUACUCAUUUGUUAAGUGCAGGAUUUCGGGCAACGGGAAGACCCUUCUGGGGAGAGCCUGGGGAGAGUUCUCGACAGUGGUUUACGCCAACUGUGAUAUUGAAGACGUCAUACUGCCUUGGGGAUGGAGCGACUGGAGCGUUCCAUCGCGACAAACAGAUUUAGGGGUGUUUGUUUUUUGGUGUGAAGAUCUUCUAACCACUUAUGUCUGCGCCGUGCAGACGCGGGCAGACAUUAGGGACGCGCAGACUGUUUGUUUUUUAGAAGACAAAUCACUUAAAAACGUCUUCCAAACAUCUUCCUCAAGCAGACGUAAACCUUAGCUUCUCGCGUCUUCUCAUCCUUCCGAUCUCUCCCUUCUCGAUCUAAACCUAUCCGACUUCUCAUCCGCCCCGAUCUCAAAACCUACCCCUGCCGACUUCUCUCUCCCUCCGCCGGCGACUUCUCUCUCCCUCCGUCGUCCGCCGUCCGUCUUCCUCCUCCUCAUACCUCCAGCGACGCCUCCUCCUCUCAAAGAACUAUUUUGGGUGAUUCCCAUGUGUUGUUGAGCUGUGUUGGGUGA